CUACUGGUAAUCCUACAUUGAACUGGAACUAAAAUAAAUUAGCUUUGUUUAGAUGUUUUGUAAUUUGUUAUUUGAUCAAAGUUUUAGAAGGCCAUACAACUAAAAAUAUAUAUUUGGAUGACCUAAACAACACAAUAAUAUUAUAAAUAAUGGCUACUGAUGACAUAUCACUGAGAGUGGGGAUGGGGAGAUUGGAAAUAGAGCCAUGCAAAGCCUUAAAGAAUAUUAAGGAAGAAAAUCCAUUUUUAAAUCCUUCACAGAGAAAAGUUUCAUCGAAAACCUUAACUCAAGCAACCAAAUGUACCUGCCUAUGUCAAAGAAAACGAAAUCUUUCAAAAUGUAAAAGGAAGCAUAAACUAUUGAAAGACCCAGUUCUAAAGCAUCAUUUGCAUCAUUGCGUGCAUCAUUCCUACAAUAUACAAAAUAGAAUAAAAAACGAAUGUCAAUAUUUAUUCAAUAGAGAUAAUAUGCAUGUUAAAUGUACCAAAAAAUGCAAUGCCGAUAAUGUAAACUUACACACAUUAGUUGAUAAUUGCAAUCAACUAAGUAUUUCAUCAGAUAAAAGUCAAACAGUUCUAAAAGUUAAUAAUGUAAAUGAUUGUGCCAAAUGGUGGAAAUGUGAAGCUAACAGUGAAAGACAAUUGAGAGACUCAAAUACAGAUAGAAGUUCACAUGGAUCCUGCUCACAAGAAGCUCUAAAUCCGCCUUGUGAUGUCACAAUUGAUGAACUAGCUAGCUAUUUUGAAACUCUAGUUUACAUACCAAAAAAAAUGUCUUCAAUGGCUGAAAUGAUGUAUAUUUAAUGUAAAAUAUUAUUAAGUAAAUAAUUCAG